AAUUCUUAGAGAUGGGAAUACCACACCAACUUACCCGUUUCCUGAGAAUCCUGUAUGAGGCUCAAUAACGAACAACCAACUGGUUCAAAAUUGAGAAAGGAGCAAAACAAGGCUAUAUACUGUUCCUCUGUUUAUUUCACUUUAUGCAGAGUACAUCUUGCAAAAUGCAGGCUGCAGGACUCACAAGCUGGAAUCAGUAUCACCUGGAGGAAUAUCACAAACCUCAGAUAAGCAGAUUAUACCACCCUACUGGCAGAAAAUGAAGAGGAACUAAAGAGCCUCUUGAUGAGGGUGAAAGAGGAGAGAGAAAAAGCUGGCUUAAAACUCAACAUUCAAAACACUAAGAUCACGGCAUCUGGUCCCAUCACUUCAUGGCAAGUAGAAAGGGAAAAAGUGGGAGCAGUGACAGAUUUUAUCUCCUUGGGCUCCAAAAUCACUGCGGAUGGUGACUGCAGCCAUGAUGUUAAAAGAUGCUUGUUCCAGUCGGGGUCACUGUGGCGGGUGGAUUGCUUUUGGACGCUACCUGAGAAUGCUGUCCUGGGUGGUACUUUCUGCUGCCGCUGCAGCAGCCCCCUCUCUGAAGAACGCAGCCCUCCUCGGUCCAGGGGCAUUGCAGGCAGCGAGGAUCUUGCACACAGGGCAGCCAAGUCUUGCCCCUGUACCACCUCUUCUUGAACAUGGCGGAAAAGUUCAUUUUGGGCUGAUCCCUGAGGAGUUCUUCCAGUUCCUUUAUCGUAAAACUGGUGUAACAGGACCCUAUGUGCUUGGAACCAGGCUUAUCUUAUAUUUACUCUCCAAAGAAAUAUAUGUGAUAACUCCAGAGACCUUUUCUGCCAUAUCAACAAUAGUGUUCCUUGUCUACGUGGUUAAAAAAUAUGGUGCCUCUGUUGGGGAAUUUGCUGAUAAACUCAGUGAGCAAAAAAUUGCCCAACUGGAAGAGGUGAAACAGGCGUCCAUGAAACAAAUCCAGGAUGCUAUUGAUGUGGAGAAGUCACAGCAGGCACUGGUUCAAAAACGCCAUUACCUUUCUGAUGUCCAAAGGAAUAACAUUGCUAUGACGUUGGAGGUUACUUACCGGGAACGGCUGCAUAGAGUAUACAGGGAGGUAAAGAAUCGCCUGGACUACCACAUCUCUGUGCAGAAUAUGAUGCGUCAGAAGGAACAAGAGCACAUGAUAAGCUGGGUGGAGAAGCGUGUGGUGCAGAGCAUCUCUGCACAGCAGAAGGAAACAAUCGCCAAGUGCAUUGCAGAUCUAAAGCUGCUCGCAAAGAAGGCUCAAGCUCAGCCAGUUCUGUAAACACAUCUAUCCCCAUUAAGACAGCUAGAAACAGUUAACUGACUAAAUGGAAACUAGUCAAUGUGAUAAAAUCUUUCUAUAUUGCUAUCUACUGAAGUUACAGUUUACCUUUACUAUAAAUGAAAAGUUUUGAGUCUGAUAUAAUGAGAGAAUUAAAACAAUCUGGUGGCCAGUAAGAUCUUUCUCUAAUCCAUCUUGCUGUACAUUUUGAGUUGUCCUGUGAUCACUUUUAAAUAAGCAGUUUCUUUGAAUAAAAUUU